AUGGGCCAGACAGCUAAGGUGGCUGGAGCAGAUUCUGAGAAGCCCAACUGGGAUUACCAUGCUGAAAUACAAGCAUUUGGACAUCGGUUACAGGAAACCUUUUCCUUAGAUCUUCUCAAAACUGCAUUUGUUAACAGCUGCUAUAUUAAAAGUGAGGAGGCCAGACGCCAAAAACUUGGAGUAGAAAAAGAAGCAGUUCUUCUGAAUAUUAAAGAUAAUCAAGAACUCUCUGAGCAAGGGUCAUCUUUUUCACAAGCUUGCCUCACUCAGUUUCUUGAAGAUGCAUUCCCAGACUUGCCCACUGAAGGCGUUCAGAGUCUCGUUGACUUUCUCACUGGUGAGGAAGUCGUGUGCCACGUGGCUAGAAACUUGGCUGUGGAGCAGUUAACGCUGAGUGCGGAAUUUCCAGUCCCCCCGACUGUGUUACAGCAGACUUUCUUUGCAGUAAUUGGAGCCCUGCUACAGAGCAGUGGACCUGAGAGGACUGCACUAUUCAUCAGGGACUUCUUAAUUACUCAGCUGACUGGGAAGGAACUCUUUGAGAUUUGGAAGGUGGUCAAUCCCAUGGGGCUGCUGGUGGAAGAACUGAGGAAAAGGAAUAUUUCAGCUCCGGAACCCAGACUUACCAGGCAGUCUGGAAGCACCACAGCUUUGCCUCUGUAUUUUGUUGGCUUAUACUGUGAUAAGAAGCUGCUUGCAGAGGGACCUGGGGAGACAGUCCUGGUUGCAGAAGAAGAAGCUGCUCGAGUGGCGCUCAGGAAACUGUACGGAUUUGCUGAGAACAGGCGGCCUUGGGACUAUUCAAAGCCCAAACAGAAUUUCAGAGCAGAAGAGACCAUCACUGCUAGCUAGCCAGCCAAAGAUGGGACCUGAAAUUCGUAAGCAAAAUAUUGAGACAAGCGUCAGGUGCUCAGAGCUGGACGUUUUCCACAUUGUAAAGAAAUGUGUUUACCCUCAUACUCAGCCCCUAAAAUUAAAUGGGCUCUCAUCAGGGCACAUGUCUUUUAGGUUGUUUUUCUUUCGUUCUCUUUUUGGAUGUUUCCCAUUAAAUUUCCCAGGCCCUUGAUUUUAUUACCGUAUGUAACUCGUACAAUAGGUGUACUCUAUUCCCUUCUGGCUUUGAGGUAUCAUAAUUUGAAUAUAAGUUCUGUGUGAACUUUGCUGUAAUACCAUUGAAAAAGUUAGUAUUUCCGUGAUGUUUCAUUGUAAUUUAAUUUGAUAUACCUGGGUGAGUGAACUCCCCGAACCCUAAUGCUUUUGCUUCUAAAGUAAUUUUAGCUAAAACAGUGAUGUUAUAACUUAACCUUCAGAAAUGUAAGGUGCAUAUUAUAGCAGUUAGGUAUUUACAUGAUCUCUAAAUCAUGUAAGUAGGUUUAAAAAUCUGUAUACUAAUUCAUUUCAUAGUUAUUCAAUUUCUAUAAAAUAAAUGGCAGGAAAGGUACAUUUUAUGCUUUUAAAAGAAAACACGAAGAUCAAAAGCAGCAGCUUGAAGUAUUGAAGCCAAUGCUCGUGGAAAAAUAAAGGAUGUAUUUAUCAAUUUAAUAUUCUAUAAUCAUAAUCAUAGCUGCUAUGUGCCAAGCACUGUUCUAAGUGUUUUACUGUAAGAUUUAAUUCAAUCUAGGACAAACCUUAAGUGUGUCCUCUGGCUCUAAUCCUCUGUGGUCAGUUCUGUAACCCACUUGCAAAUUCUCUUUGGUUUAUUUCUCUUUAACUUUUUAGCAACAGUUUUCAGUUUCAGUCUGCCAAUAGUUAUGCCCAGGGCUUAACAAGAAAAGUGGGAAUUGGGAGUUGAGGAUAGAAAAGGUAAAAUGUUUAAGCUGGUAGCACUAUUGCCAUGAAAUCUUUAUAAAGGAACAUGAAGGACCUCUGAAACUUGCCUGAGACUCGUUAGGAAAGUGGAACUUAUCACAUGUAAGAGAGUUUACAGACAUCAUAGCUAAUGCAGAGACUGUUUGGAUUGGAAGGUUUGAGAAUUACUGGAGCUGGUUGAAUUUGGUGGGUUAAAUGUAAAUUAUUUCACCAUUCUUUGGAGAGUUAACUACUAAUAGUUGAACACAGGGACAGAGGGCCAAGCCCAGUAGUAAAAUGCCACACUUAUGUUUGUCACCCACAGCAAGUAAACAUGAUUGAUAAGCAGCUCAUUGAUACCUAAAGAGAAAAGAGAUUACAGAAGGUUUCAGGGAAGCAAAAGAUGGUAAAUGUUCUCAACCACUGAUUCAUCCAUCAUAUGCAAAAACAUCAGGUUCUAGCUAGAGUAUUUGAAUUUUAUUUUAGGUGAAGACUUUUUCAAAGGGUUUGUUAAAGAACUUAGUUGCAAACUCAGUAGUCCUUUCCCCGAUAAGUAGUGCUGAUAAUGUGACCCCUAAAUUCUGUUCAGGCCCGUUUGCAGUACCUUAACCUAUGAGGUUGGAGGGGAAGUGUCCUCACCUUACUGUCAAGCUUCUGAACCUUGAAUGCUUUUAGAUUUAUAUACAGAACAAAGCUAGCUCUAGUUCAUAAAAUCUAAUUUGCAAGUAAACAGACCCGAAUUCCUUAUGGAGAAUGUGAUUUCAGCAUAUAUCUAAGUAAAGUCUCCUUUGAACCUACAUUAAGGGGUACUUUUUAAAGGCACCCUGAACGUGUGGGCUGGAAUGUAGAAAACAAAUUAUUAGCAUGCUUGAGUGGUUCUGUAUGAAAUAGCUUAAAACUUGGAACCAACCUGGACAACUCAUUUGCUCUAACAAUAUAUCCUGUGUAAGUCUGAUGUGUGGGCAAGAGGAACCUGUGGGUUAUGGGUUAUGUAACUAAGCAUUCAGCAACCAUUUGAGGACUAGGUUUUUGACUGUCUAUAAUCCAUGUUGAGAAGACAGCUGUUAACGACCAUAGGAAGUUGGUGAGAUAUAAAAGUACUGAUACUUGAACUUGGCAUAGGAGAAGACAUUAGAGUCAUUUACUUUGAAAUUCUGAUUCCCUUUCUCACCUCUUCCCACUCCAGUUCCCUAACUCCAAAAUAUAAUGGCACCAAAUAGUUCCUUAGCCAAAAAUGUAAAUUGAUGUCUACAGACUCAACUAUAUAAGCCUUAUUCUUUAUAGUACAUUUGUUUUUAUUAUUUGCAUAUAUAAAGUAGAGAAUAUUAUUCUUGAAGUAUUUUAUGUGGUCAUGAGAAAGUGAACUAUAUUACUAAAAACAAAUACCGAAAAUGAAAUGGGGGCUGCUUAUUGUGUUCAGCACGUUAUAUAUUUUUGCCACAAGAUGGUGCUCUAAUCCCACUUCACAGUUACCUAGCGUGCAAAGUGCCUUUAGGGGGGACACUACCUUUCCUCCCUGUGCAGGGGAGAUUAUGUAUGUUUGUAUGUAUAGGGUCUGUGAUUACAGUGACACAUGACUUCUUGGUCCCUCACAGUUCUAACAGUCUGAAUAUGUGCAGAAGCUAGCUCACCUCUUCCCUCAGGAUGUAAAGUCGAGCAUUUCCUAUAAGAACGAUUCAUCUGAUGCCAAGGUCUGGAUAUUUUAGCUCUUAUAUUUCCUGGAAAGGGAAAAUGGCAGAGCUUCCAUAAAUAAAACUUCUAAAAUACUUUA